CUCAGCUCCACGCGGCAUCUGAAGGUCUGUCCGCAGCGAAACAGUUGCGUCUCCAUCUGGCUGCCAACCCACCCAAGCUUUCUUCUCCUCCACCGCCGCCACCUUCCCUCCUCCCCGCUCCUUCCCCUCCUUUCCAUCUUCCCUCUCCACCCCCGCCCCCAAUCUCCUCCUCUUUUUCUCACUAAAAACGGUUGCUGCUGCUGAAGCCGAGCGUCACUUGGGCUCCCACCGCAGACAUGGCGACAUUGACAGUGGUCCAGCCGCUCACUCUGGACAGAGAUGUUGCCAGAGCCAUUGAAUUACUGGAAAAACUACAGGAAUCCGGAGAAGUCCCAGUGCACAAGCUACAAUCCCUUAAGAAAGUGCUUCAGAGUGAGUUCUGUACUGCUAUUCGAGAGGUGUAUCAAUAUAUGCAUGAAACGAUAACUGUUAAUGGCUGUCCCGAAUUCCGUGCCAGGGCCACAGCAAAGGCAACAGUUGCAGCUUUUGCUGCUAGUGAAGGCCACUCCCACCCUCGGGUAGUCGAACUGCCAAAGACUGAUGAAGGCCUUGGUUUUAACGUGAUGGGAGGAAAGGAGCAAAAUUCUCCCAUUUAUAUCUCUCGCAUCAUUCCUGGAGGGGUGGCCGAAAGACACGGAGGCCUCAAAAGAGGAGACCAGCUGCUAUCAGUGAAUGGAGUGAGUGUAGAAGGCGAACACCAUGAGAAAGCUGUGGAACUCCUCAAGGCUGCUAAGGACAGCGUCAAGCUGGUGGUGCGGUACACCCCGAAAGUCCUGGAAGAAAUGGAGGCUCGCUUUGAGAAGCUACGGACAGCCCGGCGUCGGCAGCAGCAGCAACUGCUAAUUCAGCAGCAGCAACAGCAGCAGCAGCAACAAGCGCAGCAAAACCACAUGUCAUAGGUCCUUGAAGUGAAGCUACUUGAUCAAACAUCCGAUAGUCACAAAUUUGAAACCGUGCUUCUGAAUCCCAGCACAUAGUAAAAAGAAAAGACAACACUGAUAAUUAUACCUGUCAAGAAGCUGUGAACGCGUGGUGUAUAAAUUCUUUACCAAGGCAACUCGACACCUUCUUUAUCUGGGCUGAACCCGGGCUGCUCGCUGCUCUUCACACACACAGACCUUCCAUUCACUGCAGUGGGAAUUCUGUGUGCCAGUGGAGAGGUUUUCCAGUCUGCAGACUGAAACCGUGUAAGAAUAAAGUCCAUGACUUUCAGAU